CACUGUUCUAAACCAGCGUUGGAGUGACGCGGCUGCGGACAGAUUAGUACAAUGUUUUUGGCUCCUGCCAGGCCCCGGAGAAUUGUCUAAUCUCUCUGCAUAACUCCUAGGCUGUACCUACCUCGGCUUCGUGUACCGUCCUGCCAGGAUAUUAUUGCGCUGCAGACAGCCGGAAGUUGACCCUGGGAACCGGAAGGAGUUAAGUGGACGGUACAGGAGAGCGGCGGCUCUCCUGACGCGCUCUCCUGCCAUGGCGGAGGUGAGGAAGAUUGGGAACGCCGUCCUUCCCAGCGAGUCCAUGAAAGUGAUUGCAGAGUCUAUAGGAGUGUCCCAGAUAACCGAGGAAACCUGCCAGCUGCUCACACAGGAAGUCAGCUUCAGGAUCAAGGAAGUCUUCCAGGAUGCCAUGAAGUUCAUGCAUGUUGGCAAGAGACAGAAGCUGAACCCCAGCGACAUUGAUUCCGCGCUCAAACUGAAGAACGUAGAGCCGAUAUAUGGAUUCCACGCCAAGGAGUACCUGCCUUUCCGCUACGCCAGUGGAGGAGGACGCGAGCUGCACUUCUACGAGGAGAAAGAGGUCGACCUGUGUGAUAUAAUAAGCACCCCUCUACCCCGUGUGCCCCUUGAUGUCUCCUUGAAAGCUCAUUGGCUGAGUAUAGAAGGAGUGCAGCCGGCCAUCCAGGAGAACCCUCCACCAGUUCCUAAGGAGCAGCAGAAGAUUGAGGCCACCGAGCCCCUGAAGGCUGCGAAGCCAGGGCAGGAGGAAGUGGGAGGCCUGAAAGGGAAAGGCCAGGGGGCUGGUGCUAUGGAUGGUAAAGGUAAGGAUAAGAAGACCGCCAUACUAGAAGGUGGUCCUCUGAAGCUGAAGCCCCGCAGCAUCCACGAGCUAUCUGUGGAGCAGCAGCUGUACUACAAGGAGAUCACAGAGGCUUGUGUCGGCUCCUGUGAAGCCAAAAGAGCGGAAGCCCUGCAGAGCAUUGCCACCGACCCCGGCCUGUAUCAGAUGCUGCCACGGUUUAGCACCUUCAUUUCAGAAGGGGUACGCGUCAAUGUUGUCCAGAAUAACCUGGCCCUGCUCAUUUAUCUCAUGAGGAUGGUGAAGGCUCUCAUGGACAACCCCACCCUCUACCUAGAGAAAUACCUACACGAGCUGAUACCGGCCGUCAUGACCUGUAUCGUCAGUCGGCAGCUCUGUCUCCGGCCAGAUGUGGACAAUCACUGGGCUCUAAGAGACUUUGCUGCCCGGCUCAUAGCACAGAUCUGCAAGAACUUCAGCACGACCACCAACAAUAUCCAAUCUCGAAUAACCAAGACAUUCACCAAGAGUUGGGUUGAUGACCGCACUCCUUGGACCACACGAUACGGAUCUAUAGCUGGCCUGGCAGAGCUGGGUCCUGAUGUAAUUAAAACUCUGAUUGUUCCUCGUCUACAAGUGGAGGGGGACAGACUCCGCAACAUUCUGGAGGGGCCGGUGCUCUCCAACAUUGAUAAGAUUGGAGCAGACCACGUGCAGAGCCUCCUGGUGAAACACUCCGCCCCGGUUCUGGUGAAACUUCGCUCUCCUCCUGACACUCCCGAUGCAUACCGGACAGAUUAUGGUUUUUUGGGCCCUACGCUCUGCUCUCACGUGAUGAAGGCCAGGGCACAGAGCACCUUACAAGGACCACAGGUCAACAGAACCACCCUGACAGUGACCCAGCCACGUCCUACUCUCACUCUCUCUCAGCCAUCCUCCGGCUCCAUCACGCCAUCCCCUCGUCCACCAGGAAUAAUUAAGGUGCCUGGGUCCUUGACUGGGUCCUUGACUUUGCCAGUACAGACCUUAGUGAGUGCCCGUUCUGCAACUCCCACCCAGCCGUCACCACCACCCACCAAGUACAUUGUGGUGUCUUCAGCCGGGAGCAGCGGGACCCAGGUUCUCACAUCCUCCUCCCCAUCCACACCCUGCCCCCCAGGGGUCCAGCCCAUUGUGAAGCUAGUGUCAGGAGGUCAGAACAGUGCUGUUACUGGUUCCACCACCGGGGGCAGUAGUGGAAUGCAGAAAUACAUAGUUGUAUCUCUUCCACCUGCCGGAGAAAGCAAGACCCCUCAACCCUCCCCUCCCCCUUCUGCAGAGACCCCCGGCUUGUGACAAAGACUUACUAUGAUGUGUAUGUGGUGUGUGAGAGCAGGUGCGAGAGUCAUAAUGUUGUUGUGUUCGUUCAUUACAAGUGUUUAUUUUGUGGAAAACUAUAGAUUGAAACAUCUUGUUAAUAAAACAUUUUUUAAAAAGC